AUGGGUGACGGGAGAGUCUUGUUUGCGGCAAAGCAGGAGUCUGCGCGGAAGGAUGAAGAGCGGGCUUUUGGUGUGCUCCAAUCGCAGUGGGCAAUCGUGAAAAGUCUGACGCGUUUCUGGUUAAAGGAAGUCAUCGCCGAUGUCAUGUAUGCGUGCAGCAUCAUGCAUAACAUGAUAGUCGAACAAGAAGCUGGACAUAUCACCGAUUGGGUCGAUGAUGUAGGUGGGUCUAGCUCCAGCACGACGACCCCGCCUGUCACUCGAGGAUUACCGAUGGGCUUCAAUGAGGUUCUAGUGAGACAAACCUCAAUGUGCAGCCAACAAGACCAUACGGCGCUCAUGAACAACAUGAUUGAAGAAGUUUGGAAGCGUAACGGCCAUUGA